AUGGGAGUCCUCGACCGAGCCAACGCGGCCUCCCAGCCCAGACCCGAGGUGGGGGGCGCAUCUCUCCUGGUCGGCCUCUCCCGACAGAUCAAGAAGCAUCCAGGACUUAUCCCCCUCAUUGGUUUCAUCGGACUUGGGAUGGGUACCGCUGCUCUUUACCUUCUGAGACUGGCUUUCUUCAGUCCGGAUGUGAGUUGGGACAAGAACGGCAAUCCAGAACCAUGGAACAAACUAAGCCCAACUGACCAGUACAAGUUCAUCGCCGUCUCCACAGACUACAAGACCCUGAAGAAGGACCGGCCAGACUUCUGAAUUCGCCUCCACAGAAAGUUUCCCACUCCAACUGUGUUCAAGGAAGGGACCACCUGCUGUUCUGCUUGGACACAUCUUCUUCGCCUUUGCUGGGCCUGUAAACUUGCAUCGUGUACAUGCCAAGCUCUUCAGUCGUUCCUGUCUGCCUGCCUAUGUAUGAGGCACAAGUACCACACCAAUGAUCGCCAAUAAGACAGCUACAGCCUCUCCAACAGAAGCGAAGGGGGUGGGGGUGGGAAAUAUAUUAUCUGUGAAAUGCCUCUGGGUAAUGCAAUAACAAAUGCUUUGUUCAUUAAAGGCGGUGGAGGGGGGAGGGUGAGAACAAGAGGAGGGGAGGUAUCGUGUUCCCUGUGGGUCCAGACGGAGGCUUCUCAGUUCAGUAUUUUCCAGCCCCCUUCCUGCAAUCAUCCCUGACCCCCAUUUGCUACAUUUCCUGUCUCCCACGCUCAGAUUUACCAUUCCUACAGAGAAAGCACAACACCAGAAAGUAGAUCCCAGAGCUGGUCGUGCUGACUGAGGUCUUAAAGUAAGUGCUACCUCUAAGAGAGACAGAAAUCUAGGUUUUUAGCCUGGGUGGAGAAGGACAUUAGGAAUUAACUCCUUUGCAAUUUAGGCCACACACCCCUGAUGUAGCCAAUCCUCCUGGAGUUUACAGGACUCUUCUUCCAGGGCCUACUGUAAGCUAUUGGAGGACUGGCUGCAUCAGGGGUGUGUGGCCUAAUAUGCAAAGGAGUUCUGGCUACAAGAUUUACCGGGGGAGGGGCGUGUCGCAUGAGCAAUCUGGGCUUUCUCAACAAUAGGUAGGGUGCUGGAAUUUGUACAUCUGGGCAAUGCUUCUGUUUACCUAUGAGCCUUUGAGUAGUUAUAUUAGCACCUGAAUAGCACAUGUGGCUGUGUACAUUCCAUUUAUUCUGAAGUGUGUGAUCGCACACCCAGAUUAUGGUUACUAAAUCUUGUGCAAAUAUAGAAA